UAUAUCAUGGGAUUUAUGCUUGUUUGCUUGAUGUUUCUGCAAAAGACCUGGCUCUAAUGCAACAUGUCUGGCUGGAUUCCACCUCUUCUAGGUUAAGAGUGCUAGUUAUUUUUCUGGUCAUUCCUGGAAUUACAUGCCAGUUGUUUUUGCAGCAUGGCUAAUUGUAAAGCAUAGUGCCAACAUCAUGUCUCGACAGGCUCGUUUAUGGGAUGGAAGGUGAUCUGCAAAGUUAUGCAGUGAUUCUUUGUUUGAGAAGUCAGAUUUCAAGAAUCACAGCACUCAUAGGGUGAGGUGGUGACUAGUGACUGUGACAAUGUCGGGAUUGGACUUUAAUGAGAGUUUCAUAAACAUGUUGGAAAUUUUAAAGCUCAGUCGCUCACAUUUUACCGGAGCUUUCAUGUGUUUAGUACUGUUUGUUUUGGAAGUAUUUCAAAUCAGCACUUUCUUUUGACAUAUACUCGGCACAUUCACAUACAAAGAAAACCAACUGGAAUGUGUUAAUCGAGUGAGUGACUAACCUUACACAGAGACCAUUGUUUGGGAAUGCAGACCUACAGGUAAUUGACAACAUGUAGUGGGCGUGGGCUUGUGUUGUGUACCUAACAGCAAUGCAAGUUAAAGGUGUAACCAUAGAGAGUGGAAGAGGGAAGGGUGGGGUGGAGGUGCAGCCAGAGGGAGCGUCAAGAACGUGGGUGGAACUGACAGACGGGGUGAAGUUGUCAGGGAAAUGAAGGAGUAAGCAAGACAGUGUCUGCAACACAGAGUGCAGCUGACAUCAACAGAAGACAGAGACAUGGUUGGAGAGAACAAGGAGUGACUGAGGGGAAAAACAAGAGAUCAGCAGCCAACCGUCGCCACUUUAUCUUUUCCAUCUCUAUACGGAAAACACUGGAUAAUUUAUAAGCCUCUCCCUCUGGCUGUGUUGGUGUGUGUGUGUCAAAAGAGAGAGGGGCUCUGCUGUGCUCACCACCAACAUGCUGUGUCCUGCUGCUGUCAGUGUAGUUGCUGCGGCUGUCUGGCUGCUGGCAGUGUUGGGCCCAGGCCUGUCUCUUUCAUCUGAGGACAACUCCGAGCCAGGCUUCACCCUUUGCAGUCAUUGCUUCUACAGACAGACACCACCUCAGGGAGCCUCUGCAGAGCUGCUGCUGCAUCCAGUCUGCCACAGUCUGCCCAAGGGACAGACGUUUGCCACACUGUCCAAACAAAACUGUGACACAGCUGUCUACUCUGCCUUCUAUCUCAAGCAUGGAUGGACAGAGGGAGAGGAGGGGGAAGACCUUUUGUCAGAGGAAGAGGACAACGUUAAAGUGCCAGUACCAGCUCUCCUCAGAGAUCCUUCUAAUCCCAUCUUGCCCUCAGACUCCCCUCUGCAACACUGGGACUCAACAGUCACAACACUGGUUCAGUCAAGCUUUAUUCCCCAGUGCAGCACUUUAGGGGGGGAUCUUUACGUCCUGACAGGGGCGGGGGGUCUUCAGGCUGCUGAAGAUGGAGAUGAGGAGUGUCAGACGGAGCCUUUGUGGUCUGCUGUAUGCUGUGCGGUCCCAGAGGGGAAGGGUGGCUUCAGCACUGGAUUAAUCAGAGAGACGGGAGGGAGGGACAGGCAAGUGAGCACAAAGGAGCUGCAGGAGAUGCUGGGAAUGGCAGAGAUGUUCUCCGAAGGCUGCGGAGGAGCAGACAUAGAGACUGUUGGAGCUGUCAUUGGUCUUCACAGUGAGGGGAACCCUGAAAAUAUAGAAACCAAAAAUGUAGAUGCUCCCAGCGAAGAGACACAAGAAAAAGAUGCAAAAUCAGUCUCUACAGAUCCAGUUACUGAAGGAGAGAAUAAUGUUAAUGCUCAACCAGAGGAUGUCACUCAGGAAACUUCAGCAGAGGCAGUGAAAUCAGAGAACAGCAGUGAAGAUCAGGGUGAUGCCAGGCGUUCAGGAGCUGUCACAUCAGAGGCUCCUGAGUCAUCAGUGGACCGUGAGACUGUGGAUGAACAGGAGGCCAAUGAAAAAUCCACCAGUACUCUGGUCUACCUCCUUUCCACUACCGUGUCUAUUCUUAAAGCGCCACUGCGUCCUGUGGUCUCCACAGUUUCCCAGUUACCUGGUCAGGUGACAUAUGUUCUUCAGGAAGACCUUGGUGUUCUCUGUGGCUUGCCUGGAGAAACCUUCUCCCUGCUGCACCUCUUGACAUCUGACCUCUUGUCCUGGAUGGGCUCGGGUGUAGAUUUGGUACUAGGUGCUGGAGAAACCUGCUUCUCCAACGUCUACUACUGCACCUCCUCCAUGGUGGGAGCCCUGUUCAGCAACUGUCACACUGGCGUGACUGGUGUGGGUACCCUGGCCGGUGACACAGUUGGGGUAUUUGGUGGUGCGUUGGAUAAUGCUUGGUGGGUGACCAAGUUCUUUGGAGGGCGUCUGUGGGACCACAGUGAGGGAUAUGUAGGAACUGUGAUGUCAGAGAUGGGGGGUCAGGUUAAAGCUGUAGGUGGAGGAUUGGGGAGGCUGGUGUGGAGAAGUGGAAAUGGAGUGUAUAAUGUGCUUUGGGUGGGAGGGGGUGCCAUAAUGGGUAUCAUUGAUCUGGUCUUUGGCUCAGUUAGAGAGGCAUUUGGACAGGAGUCAGAGUGAGUAAAGGACCAGACUCAGGAUGAGACUAGGGCCAUCAGUAAUAACAAACUUUUUUCUCCAGGUUUGGUUUGUAAAUGUCUCAAAAACGAAAGGAAAAACAGUUUAAGUCAUUUGAUGUCUUAGCUGUUAUAGAACAAUGGACACCUGAAAUGUAAGCUUCCUAUCUUAGUGGGAUACAACGCACUGGACAACUUUUUUUGCUGUACUUCACUCACACACACCAUAGCAGCUAUGAGCUGCUCUGCUAGGCCAAGGUCAAGAGGAGCCGGGGUUUUAAUCUGACAAUCCUCUGCUGCAAAGCCUCUCCGUUCAUGUGGUCACACAGAUAAUGUCGAUACACUUCACUGUGGAAGCUGGCUAUUCAUAUAAUCUACUGAAUCUCCGAGAAGAUUUAACUGUGAUUUAAAACACACUGUGCUUUUGGAUGGAAUUCUAAUGACUACUCUUGUGUGAUACUGCAUGUGUACAUUUGAAUAAAGUGAUUGCUGCCAAGCCUUA